UCUCAUCCUGCAUUGUCAUAUUCUGCUUUGUUUCUUCUUGGCUCUGGUAUUCUCUGUUUUUUUGAGGCUUUGCUUAUUUUGGUUCUGGUUUUAGCCCGAGCUAAAGGCUUUAGCAAUGGCUUUCUCUGGCGCUAAUAGAGCUUGCAUUUUGGUGGCGUGUUUUCUGCUCUUUUUGGAGAUUGCUGUGGCGAAUGAGUUUACGGUGGGAGGGAAGAGUGGGUGGAGUGUGCCGACGGGAUCCGAAACCCAGAGUUAUAAUGACUGGGCCGAGAAGCGGAGGUUUCAUGUCGGCGACACUCUCUUGUUCAAGUACACCGCGAAGGAGGAUUCAGUCUUGCAGGUGACGCAUGAAGCUUUUCAGAAGUGCAACACGACAGCGCCACUUGCGAGCUACGAUGACGGUCAAACGGUGUUCAAGUUUCCAUCGUCGGGGCCAUUUUACUUUAUCAGUGGCGCAGAAGGCCGUUGCGACAAGGGCCAAAAGCUCGUGGUUGUUGUCAUGUCGCAGGGCGGCCGCCGCCGUAAUGCUGGUGCACCAGCUGCUUCUCCUGCUUUAGGAAGCCACGCAUUUGCUCCUUUGGGCACCAUUCCAUCUGAAGAGGGCCCCGCCAUGGCACCUGGUGAUGCCCCCGCUGUAGCGCCUACAAGCGGCGCAUCUUCUCUGGCUUCUGGUGUCUUUUUAGGCUUUGUUGCUUUGGCGGCUUCUCUGGUUUUCUAAGUAAUGGAUGAUUUUUUACCAGCUGUAUGGCGGCCGGCGGCUUUAUUCUGUUGAACUGGCGUUAACUGACAUAUUCUUUGGGGGUUAGGGUAGAAAUUAUUGUAGGCAUUCAGGGUUUUUGUUUCAGGGUGGUUUCGCGAUUAAAGAUAUUUUGUUUUGUAAAUAUAAUGGGUGUUUAUUGGCUCGAAUCUAUUAUAUUCUUACAAUACGGGCCAUAUUUUGGUGAGUUGAACUCGGCCGCUUGGUGAUAUAAUAUAUACUAGAGGGAUUUUUUUAUUA